AUGCCUUCAUUCUCAUCAGCAAUUAAAAGCGUCUUUCGAAGAAACACUAGAAACAUUUCAUCUAAGCUUCCAUCUACUAUGUCUACAGUCUAUGUUAUUUCCGGUGGUAAUAGGGGUAUUGGUCUUGCAGUAGUCAAGAAGCUCUCCUCUGUCCCUACCAAUAUUGUUAUCACCACUGCCAGAAAGCCCGAUCAAGCUACAGAGUUGCAAAAUUGGGUCAAAUCACACAGCAAUGUUCACGUUUUCAAAUAUGAUGCUACCGUAGAAACUGAUGCUGCGGAGCUUGCAAGAGAGGUCUCUAAGAUUUCCGAUGGUGUUGAUGUUUUGAUUGCCAAUUCUGGAGCUGGAGAAACGCUUGGACCUGUAGUUGAAACCCCUACCGCCAACUGGCUUAGUCUCUAUCAACUUAAUACGCUUGGUCCUAUUCUUCUUUUCAAUGCGUUUUAUCCAUUGUUGCUGAAGCGUUCUACUCGUAAGGUCUUGUUCACUAGUACUGCCCUUGGAUCCAAAGGUAGUUACAUUCCUGUUAGCAGCAAUGCCUAUGGUCAAUCCAAAGCUGCUCUCAACUACACUGCCAAGGAACUUAGCGUUGAGUUGGCCUCCCAGGACUUCAUUAUCGUUCCUUUCCACCCUGGUUUGGUUGCCAGUGAUCUUGGCAACGGACUUGUGGAGGUCGUGAACAAGACAAACCCUGAUAUUGGAAAGUUCUUCAACAGUAUUUUGAUCAGUACUGAAGAAAGUGCCAAUGCCAUUGCAAAGCUUGCUGAUGGAUUGACCAAGGAGGAUAAUGGUAAAUUCUACAACUAUGAUAAGACCCCUAUCGAGUGGUAG